AUGAGGUAUCAAUGUUUACAUCUAUUGGGAUCAUUCUCAGUAAAGCUGAAGGACAUAGAUCAGCGAUUAAGUGCAGAUAAUCGUCCCAGUUCUUACUCUUCAGAAAAUAAAACGUUAUCAAAAGUAAAAAAAGCUUUGCCAUUGAACAAUAAAGAUGAUAUAACCCAAUUUGAAACUGAUUUGGAAAAAGUUACCGAUUUUCGUCGAGAAUUUGUGAAAAUCGUCAGUCAAGUUGGUGGAGCGAAUGGUAAGGAGUUCAGUGAACGAGUAUUAAACGUGCUAUUUUCUCCGUCAUUUGCGCAGCACAAUACAUGGGAAGGAAAAAAAAACAAAUACAAGGUUGCUGAUCUAAAAGUUGUUAAAAUUUGCGAAGAGGUGGUAUUGGCAAAAUUUACGUCUUAUGACAGUGCUGAAUUUUCAAAAACCUGUAAUAAUUGGUUCCGAUUAGGAAAUCAAAGGGCAAAACAGCAGCCAGCGCAAGUACAAAAACAAAAUCAACAAGUAAAUAAUGAUCGAUCAAGUAAAAAUAAUAAUUAA